AUGUUGCAGCGCAGCAAGCCCAAGGACGACGGAGCGGCCACAGGCGCCGCUACUAUCUGUGACCUGUGCGAUCUCUACACACAGAACGACCUGGAAGGCAAGUGGACGGAGCUCGCCGCAGUUUACGAUCAAAGACGCAACGUUGACAAUUUCCGUGAGAUUCUUGAUCUGAGUGCUCCCAGUGCCCGUAUGGGCGAUUUGAACGGCUGGCACUUGGAGCGCAUGGCAGUGGGCGAGUUUGAGCCUAGUGCUGACUCGAGCGUCAACGACUUGGCAGAGAUCAAGCGGGAGAGCCGAUGGAUCAAGCACAUGCUGAGGAAGGUGCUGGCCAACGGUCGCAGCUUCCAAGCUAAGCGGGACACACUAAAGGCAGCUAUGGACAAGCAGCGUGAGGUACUGACAGCAGAGCUGGCAGAAGCGAAAGAGUUCCUGGGUCAGACACAUUUGCUGAACGCUUGCGACGCGGCUGCGAGCGAGGUUAGUCAGCCAGCACUUGUGGACGAGCGACUGCGUGCUGCAGGCAAGUUGUCAGAGCUAGUACCGACGAGUGACCUAGGCAAACCGCCGUCAAUCUGA